UGUAGUGUGUUGAACGUUAAGUUUUUAACGUUGUGUAGUUUUCAAAAGUGAAUAAUGUGAUUGUGUACUUCGUUAUGGCCUAUAAAUAUCGUGAAGAUCUAGUUGGCAAACGAUUUCUCGCAGUGAGUGGUUUAACUAAAAUUAAUGUGAAUAGAGUUUCCGAAUGGGGUUGGAAAGCUGGUGUUAUCAGAGCAGCAUCACUCAGAGAUAACAAGAAUAAGGAACUCCAGGUUUUAGUGGAAUACGAUGGUGUAGAAUGGCAACGACGCGAGUGGGUAGCUGUGUAUUCGCGACGAACUUUUCGCGUGUUUUUAGUAGAAAGGACUUUAGUUUGGGCUCCCAGAACCGUCGAGGGAAAAGAAGUGCAAUGGCCAGCGUUGACAUUCACACAACUUGCAGCUGACCUGACGAUAGAGGCUGACGCCCAGCCAGUGGAAUAUUUGCAUGACAAGCAGCUCCAAUUUAUGGACUACGCUAAUCUACUCCCAUAUCAGAAAUGGGACGCUCACCUCGCCGGUUCAGAGUCCGGUGUCGAGUCCGUUACUCUGUCAGCUCUGUCUGCUGAAGCGUCAGAGUGGCGGACUUCCCAAGACGGCCAGAGAAUAUUAACCACAACGCCGUCGGUGCUGGGUGGAUGUAGAGCUCAGGUAUACCGCGCCGCAGGAGCCACUCAGUGGUAUACGGCGGUCAUCGUUGGAGUCAAUGAGCAUACGGGGGAGCUGACAGUUACCGAUGACACUGUUUUAGAAGAACAUAGCGAAGAUCCGUCUCUAGUUCAAAUGAGGCUUCUCGGUGACGGUGUGAUAGAAUCGAUAAUGCGAGGAGAAGUUGUGGGCGUUAUGCCGCGGAGAUCCCGUUCCAACCUUCAAAGGGUUGAGCGGGAAACAACGAAAAGUCCAGCAACUACUGGAAACAGGAAGAAAACAGGAACCGUUAGGAGCAACGGCCAGAUUGCUCAAGUUGAACCUACUCCCCCACCGCCUACAGGAUCAUCACCGGAACGAGACCCGGCUGAAAUUAGCCAAAAAGGUCCUGAAAAUUGUGUCAGUGAAAGUGAUGUCGUCAAUGUUAGUGAGGAAACCAAGUGUGUAAAAAAACAAGAGGAAGUGAGCAAAUCGGAGGUGUGCGCUAAAAGUGACAGUGAAGUGAAGAGUGCAGUGAGUUGUGGUGUGGGCGCGGAUGGUGUUGCCAGCGCCGUGGCCUCCGAGGAGGACGACUGUGUGAUAGUGUGCGCUCGCGAUGCAGACGAUCGGUCCGACUCAGGAGUGAGUGGUGUCCGGUCAGGCGGCUCCGCCAGCUCCGUGGAGGAGCGGGAGUGGCGAGGUAUGGCGCACGGGUACGGCGGAGGACCGCCGCCGCCCUUGCUGCAUCUACCCGCUCCGCCGCCCCCCUCGCUCUACGCGCCUGAGCUGCUCUGGAAGCAGCGCUACCAAACCCCGUUACAUCCGCCGCUUCAUCAUGCCAUCACCGAUGAAUACCUUGCGUAUGACAGAGAGAGACAUGAAAGACUGCUACGAGAACGAAGGGAACAAGAGCAACAGAUGCUGGAGAAACAGCAGAAAGAGAGAAAAGAGAGAGAAAGAAUAGAACAGGAGAGAGAAAGAGAACGAGAGAGAGAGAAACAAGAAAGAGAAGAUAAAGAAAGAAGGGAACAAGAAAAUGCUGCCUCUAAACUUGUUUCGAGGCAUUUUGAAGAAUCUCUGAGACUAGCCAAUCAAAAGAGGGGAGAGCGGAAUAAUUUAACAUGGUCGAUAAUGCACAGCUUGACACCAAACCGCGCUGCUCCAGCGCCAGAACACGAUAGGUUACGGGUACCUACGUCGGAACGCAAUUAUUAUUCUCCUCCGGGACAUCCACCUACGCAUCCCACCCAUCCUCAACAUACAUCCACACGGCCACCCGUUUCAUCCCCAGGAGACUACUGCUCCCCACAUGCUCGUCUUGUAUCUUCCAAGGCUCAAGAUAAGAAUUCGUCACAUCCAGGCUUACCCAAAGGAGAGCCAAAUUUCGCACCUUAUAAUUAUCCUCCAUACAGAGCCUACGAAAAAAUAAAAGAUCCACAUUUGCCGGCUCCACCGCCACUAGUUUCAGAGAAAAACACGGUUAUAGUAAAACACGAUGCAAAACAAAUUCAUCUCGAGCAAAAUCAUCAGUAUCCGAGUAAGCCUCGAAAUGAUCCUUCCCCCCAUUACCUUCCUUCUCGAACAUAUCGGACGGGGCCUUCGCCUCAUGCACCUCCACACCAAACCUUACAACCGGCUCCGCAUACUGCUGCUUUACCUGCACAGGAUAAAAGUGGUCGACGGCUGUAUCAGCCGCAACCGAAGCCCCAGCUGCAACGGUCACCGGCCUACUACGCAGCUGCUCCUCCAGUAAAACCGAAGGUUUCGAGUCCUGCACCUCCACAUAUUUACGGAAAACCUAGUAAUUCUCAAGUAUCCACGCAUUAUGCCGUCGCCGUUGAACCACCACCUCCACCGAUUGCAAAAGCGGAACCUCCGCCUGUACCAUAUCCGCCACCAUCUACGUUCUCGCCGGUGCCUAGAACGUGGCCUCCUCCACCGGCACAUUCGCGAACGCCUGAACCUCGUCCAACACCACGGCAUGUCGUUGAUUCAACCUCGACGUCACCGUGCCAAACGCAACCUUUAGAUUUGGGUGUGCCUAGAGAUGAUUCCGACCGAUUAUCCCCUAGAAGAAGAGCAGCACUCGGUUCGCCAUCGCCGUCGGAAUCUGAUGCGAAACGACGCCGUCUUGAAGAAUCAACAGCACCUCAACCCCUUAUAGCUGCAGCAGCAAGUGUAGCACGCGCUUCCGCUGGGUCUGAACCAGCACCGCUGGCGCCAGGACCACCAUGCGACGUGCGUGUACCAUCUGCAGAUGGAAGUAUCGAAACACCAGAACGCGCAGCGGGUGCUUCACCGGCCCCAAGACAUGCGCUCGCCGCGAGUCCGGCGCCAGCGACACCUGUAUCUCCCCUAGUCGCGUCUCCUCUACAGGCUGCGGCACCGCCACCUGCACCGACUCCUCCUGCACCACCGGCGACACCUCCAGUCUCUGUAAGUGGCGACGCUGAUACACCUGCGAAAGCUGCGUCAUCUCCACGUGAUGGCUCAGCUCCAGUGCGGCAUCUUGGAAAAAAAGCAUGGCUUCAGAGACACGAAACCGCACCAAUAGGUGAGGGAGAUUGUUCGGGAGGAGGAGGUACUUGUAUAACACUUCCAAUGACGAUCACGCGAAAUUCAGAGCAGGAUGAUUCUGGGUCGAACGUUACCGUUCCAGUCGCGGCGAAAUCCAUCCAACGGUCCGUCCGAAAAACUUCCAAACCACGAAAAACAAAGGAGCCCAACGGUCGAGUAGAUGAUGUAGAAGAGGACAGUUCCAGCUCUGAUCGCGAAUCCUCGGCCCCCCCUAAACGCAAACCUCCAAAGGCAAAACGGAAAAAGAGCAGUGUCGCCCGAAAGAUCGGGGAUGAACCGAAACGAAAGAAGGCCGCUGCCGAAAGUGGAAGCGAAAGUGACAAAGAGAGCGAUGAUAAAGAUUCAGAUUCGGGUGGCAGCGGAAGUGGCAGCGGGAGCACGUCGAGUAGACGCGGUGCUGGUCGAGCGCGUGGUCGCAGGUCCCGGGGCGGCGGCCGGGGCGGACGGCGCCGUGAGGAACCGCCUCGCCGCAACGUUGGCAACACGCCCGUAAAACCACCACAGGACUCUUUUCUGCAGAGCGGACCAUGUUUCGAGGUUGCUCCGCGUCUCGCCAAGUGUCGCGAGUGUCGCUGGUCACCCGCACAGCGAGAUAAAGAUAUGCCGAAUAUCUUCUGCCGUUUCUACGCUUUCCGAAGACUGAAAUACGCUAAAAACAGACAGUUGGCUAUAGCCGGCUUCUCAGAUCCUUACAAGGACGCCGAAGAGGAAGAUAAGAAGUUAUGGUUGUCGUCAUCAGCCGGUGCCGCCGAAUUAGACAUUGAGAUGAGUUGCUUCCUUUUGAGGGAGAUUGGAGACCAGUUCUGUGAACUGCUACAACAAGAGAAAGAAGCGGAAUCGCACCAUUUGAAUACUGAUAAGACAGUAGCAUGGAAACGUGUUGUACAAGGUGUUCGUGAGAUGUGUGAUGUUUGUGAGACCACACUUUUUAACUUUCACUGGACUUGCGGGAAGUGCGGCUUUGUUGUCUGCCUAGACUGCUAUAAGACAAGAACCACAACUGAAGCUACCACAAAUUCGAGUAGUGAGACAAGUAGUACAAGCAAUGUCACCACUAACGGAGAAAGAGAUUCCUUUGGAUGGUUGACGUGUACAAUGGGCGGCCCGCACCCCGCGCGGCGGCUGCUCCUCACGCAGAUCGCGGCGGGCGGCGCGCUGGGGGCGGCGGCGACGCGCGUGCACACCCUGCGCUCCGUGUUCGGUCUGCCCGCGUGCUCAUGCGGACACGCGCCCGCGCCCUCGCCGCAACGCCGACAGCAAGCCAAGAACCUGCUGCAGAUCGCGCUCAAUAAGAAUGUGAAAAAGGAAGACGUCAAGGAAGAAAGUACUCCUACUAACGGUUCGUCUCCGGUGAAAUCUGAAAAUGUAAAGACUGGCAGCUCCAUCGUUAGCUGGCUGUCGGAUUUGCCCAUAAAGUCUGAGAGUAAAGACGAAAAGUCCGAUUCUAGUACCUCGGAUUCGGAUGAAGGUGGAAAUUAUUCGACGUUACGAGAAUUACUGAUCAGGCCGGCUCCGGAAGGUGGAGAGGUUCAACCGAAGAAGAAACAGAAGAAGAACAAGAGUGACGCACUCGAGGACGUCAUAUCCAGCAUCGUCGACGAGAAGAAAGACGAAGACGAAGAUGAGAAACCGUUCGUUCUCUCGAAUGUGGUUAAACGUUACGACAGGAGCGGACGCAGCCGCGAGGAGCUGCCCGUCAGAAUUAUGACCCUGACGGAAUCGAAGCUUCUCUAUCCUGAUGUCCCGCAUGCCUGGCUCUGUGACGGCAAACUGUUACACCUCACGGAUGCGGUGCACGCUGGCAACUAUAAACCUUUCCAGGACCAGUGGAAACGUGGUCAACCAGUUCUAGUCUCUGAUGUAUCUGCUCUGCUCGAUAAGGAUUUGUGGUCCCCCGAAAGUUUCUCACGCGAUUUCGGUGACACCCGCGUGGAUCUAGUGAACUGCGCGUCCGGUCUAGUCGUACCCAACCAGCCCGCAAGGAAGUUCUGGGAUGGAUUCGAUCUCGCCGUCAAGCGGCUGCGAGACGAACGCGGCGCUCCCAUGGUGCUCAAGCUCAAGGACUGGCCUCCGGGCGAAGACUUCGCCGAGCUGCUUCCGGCGCGCUUCGACGACCUCAUGCGAGCUCUCCCUCUCUCCGAGUACACUUCGCGCAACGGGAAACUGAACCUGGCCGCGCGCCUGCCCGAGUGCUUCGUGCGACCCGACCUCGGACCCAAGAUGUACACGGCGUACGGCGGCGCCGGCGGGACCACCAACCUGCACCUCGACGUCAGCGACGCCGUCAACGUGAUGGUACACGCCAGCGCGCCCGCCGACGCGCCCGAGCGAGCGCGGGAGGCGGCGCGCGCGGCCGAGGAGGCCGGCGUGGACGUGCUGUCCCGGCGCCGCGCCCGCCUCAAGCCGCCCGCCGCGCUCUGGCACAUCUACGCCGCCAAGGACGCCGACAAGAUCCGCGACUUCCUCGUGCGGGCCGAGCUCGACCGCGGCGCCCGCCCGCGCCCGCAGCACGACCCCGUCCACGACCAGACCUGGUACCUGGACGCGGCGCUGCGCGAGCGGCUGUACCGCGAGUACGGCGUGGAGGGGUACGCCAUCCUGCAGUGUCCGGGGGACGCCGUGUUCGUGCCGGCGGGGGCGCCGCAUCAGGUGCGCAACCUGCUGGACUGCAUCAAGGUGGCGGAGGACUUCGUGUCGCCCGAGAACGUGUCGCGGUGCUUCGAGCUCGCGCAGCAGUUCCGGCAGCUGUCGCGGCAGCACUCCAACAAGGAGGACAAGCUGCAGAUCAAGAACAUCGUGUACCACGCGGUGAAGGACUCCCUGUGCUGCCUCGAGGAGGCUCUCGCGAAGGCCGAGUGAGUCGGGUCGCGAACACCUCCCGCAUUUGAUCUCAACCUCGAACGUAGCUAAGUUCCGCAUUUAACGUAAGAUUGGGGGCGAGUGUGAUGCGCGCUGUGUGUGUCGCCGCGCGUCCGUUCGAUUGUGUACCAGUUGUGUGUGUGAGUGUACUCGAAAUGUGAUUUUAAUCCGUCGCGUUCGCCGCGAGUGGAGUAUGUGCAAUGUAAAUUAGUCUGAAUAUGGUGAUAUCGUUGAGAUGUGGAUGUUUUAUGUUCCUUAAUCGAAAUACAAAUAAACUCUUCAAGUUAUCUACAGCUUGUAGCUAUAAUGGUAUGUAUCUAUUGUGUAAAUUUUAAUUCGAAUUCCAUCGAGUACAUUAUAAGAAGUGUAUACUUUUAAGUUAUUGUAUUUUGAAGUAAAACAUAUUCGCUCGAAGCAUUGUACAUUAAAACACAGCGUGUAGAUAAGUUUAUCCUAUUAUUAGAUUUCUCAAUUUGGUUAGUAUGUUACAAAAUGAUAGUUAAAGUACGUGACAAUUUAGUUUUGUCCUUUGCUGUACUAGCAAGAUUUUUUUGUACUGUGUAUAUUAUGUAUGGUUAUAAGUUGGAAUAAAAAAAAAAAAGAUGUUUAUAUUAA